GAGAAAAAAUAAAAAGAAAAAUAAAGAUAGAAGAAAUAAGAGGAAAUUAAAACGAGGAAACCAAACAAAAGGGGCUCGUUCUUCUCCUCAGGAUGAUCGAAACCCUAGUUUGAUCCGCAGGUCUCUUCUUCUCUUCGGAUUGGGUUUCGAUCGGAUCUGGAAGGGGUUCGAUCUCUGAGCUCCGGUGGUGAAGCGGAGGUGAUUCGUUCACGAGGGGAAAAGGGGAUCUUGAGUUUUGGGGGGCUCGGUUGCUUGGAUCGGAUGGCAUUACCUCCUCCGGAUCAGGUGGAGGAUUUAACAGAUGAGGAUUUCUUUGAUAAGCUAGUCGGAGAUGAUGAUUCAGGAAUCACGGGGUCUCAAUCCCCGCCGACGGAUUUGGUGAGGGCGGUCUCGAGUUUGAGUAUUGGAGAUGUGGGGGAAUCCUUGGAUGAUGCCGGUGAAGGAGGAUCCGCCGCUGGGGAUGACGACCUUAAAGCGAAUAGCAUAUUGCCUGCGCCGGAGGAGUCUGACAAGUUUGCCAGCACAGAACCUGGUACGGGAGCUGUGAGCCAGAUUGAAACCCCUUCUCCUUCAACAGAGAAACACAGUGGUACCAAGGUGAAGGAGGUGCAGUGGAGUGCCUUCAAUGCUGAUUUUCAGCAGGCUGAUAGUGAUGGAUUUGGAUCAUACUCGGAUUUCUGGGCUGAUAAUUCAGAAGGCCCUGCUGAAUUCCUUCAAAAUGAUAAUGAAGUGAACUCUGCUUUCAUGGAGAAGUCGAAUGGCGAGUCGAGUAUGGGCAUGAGUGCCUCUGGCCAAGAGGAAAGUCAAUUUUAUAACUCAUCCUAUGAUCAGGCUGCAGAUGGCCAUGACUUGCAAUACUGGGAAAAUCUUUACCCGGGCUGGAAAUAUGACGCAAGUACCGGGCAGUGGUAUCAAUUAGAAGGUUAUGAUAUUUCUACAAAUGCCGAAUCGGAUGUCUACACUAACACCACAAGUGUGCAGUCAGAUGGAUACAAUGCAUCUGUGAAUGUUCAAUCUGGUAGUAAUGCAGCUGUGAAUUCUCAGCUUGAUAGUCACACCAUGGCUAAUGUGGAUGGACAACAUGGUUUUCAUGGGAACACUCAGGUUGCUAGCGAUGGGUUUGUUGUGGACCAGAGGUCUGACAUUUCUUAUAUACAACAAGCUAGCAGUUCUGCAGUGGAUAAAAUAGCUGAGGAUUCUUCUGUGGCUAGUGUUCAAUGGAACCAAGUUUCUCAAGAGAAUGCAGGAUACCCAUCUAACAUGGUUUUUGAUCCUCAGUAUCCUGAUUGGUACUAUGACACAAACACCCAACAAUGGCAAACUCUUGAAUCAUACUUUCAGAGUCUUUCUCAAGCAGCAGGCUCAUUGCCAUCGCAACUGAUUCAAAAUUCUUCUAAUGGAUAUGGUAAUUCUAGUUUGUAUAAUGGAGUUAACCAUUCUGAGAAUAGCACAAUGCAAAGUCAAAGCUACCAUCAAACUGGGGCGAACUGGCAGGGAUCCACCAACAAUUAUUCUCUGCAGAACUCAUGGCAGCAGCCUGAAGAAUUUGGUAAGGAUGUCUCUGAUUUCUAUGGGAAUCAGCAGAUGGGAAGCUCAUAUGGCUCAGGCAUGCAGACCAUGAACAAAAGCAAGCAGGAGACGAGUUAUAAAUCCUUUGAACCUGGCAAAAGUCAUGUUUAUGGAAUCAGCAACGGUGUUUCUGGGUACCAGAGCUUUAAUCCUUCCGAAAACAUGUAUCAGUAUAGUCAGCCAAAGGUUGAAAAUACGCUGCAGGCACAUCUGUCUAGUAGUGGUAGUUACUAUGGAAAUCAAAACUCUGGUUAUUCUCAACAAUCAUUUCAGUCCACAGGUGGACUUCAUACUCCAUUACCUUUGGCCAAUGCCAUUAGUGAAGGGAGAUCCUCAGCUGGACGACCACCACAUGCAUUAGUCACCUUUGGUUUUGGUGGGAAACUCAUAGUCAUGAAAGAUACCAACUCUUUUGGUCCAAACUUGGACUAUGGAAGCCAGGAUGCUGCUAAGGGGGCGAUCUCAGUUUUCAACUUAUCAGAAGUUGUGUGUGAUAAAAUUGAUGGAACAAAUGGUGGAGGUGGUAGUUAUUUCCAUACUUUGUGUCAUCAGUCCUUUCCGGGCCCACUUGUUGGGGGGAAUGCUGGAACAAAGGACGUGAAUAAAUGGAUAGAUGAGAAGGUUCAAGAAUGUCAGGCACCCCUUUUGGAUGAGAGAAAAGGAGAGCUGUUAAAGAUGCUUAUUUCAUUGUUGAAAAUUUCAUUACAGCAUUAUGGAAAACUGAGGUCUCCUUUUGUUGCUGGUUCUUCUCUCGAGGAGUCUGAUGGUCCAGAGUCAGAUGUAACUAAGCUUUUUGCCUCAGCUAGAAAGAACCACCCUCAUCUUGGAGAGUACGGGUCAUACACUCAUUGUGUGCAAAGCCUCCCUUCUGAAGGACAAGCUCGGACAACUGCUGUUGAGGUACAGAACCUCCUUGUUUCUGGUAGAAGGAAAGAAGCUCUUCAACGUGCACAAGAUGGUCAGUUGUGGGGUCCUGCUCUUGUUCUUGCUGCACAACUUGGAGAUAAGUUUUAUGUUGAUACUGUCAAGCAAAUGGCACACCGUCAGUUUUUGUUUGGAUCACCUCUAAGGACAUUAUGCCUGCUUAUCGCGGGGCAACCAGCAGAUGUAUUUUCUGCAGACAACUUUGUCGACAUGGGCAUGCCUGGUGCAACAAAUGCAUUUCAACAGCCUCCCAGGGUUCUGACUAACAGCAUGCUUGAUGACUGGGAAGAAAAUUUGGCUAUCAUAACUGCAAAUAGGACAAAAGACGAUGAACUAGUAAUAAUUCAUCUUGGAGACUGUUUGUGGAAGGAGAGAGGAGAGGUUACUGCAGCGCAUACUUGCUACUUGGUUGCUGAAGCUAACUUUGAGCCAUACUCUGACAGUGCUAGACUCUGUCUUGUUGGUGCUGACCAUUGGAAAUGUCCCCGGACUUUUGCUAGCCCUGAGGCCAUUCAGAGGACAGAAUUAUAUGAAUAUUCUAAGGUGCUUGGAAAUUCUCAGUUUAUCUUGCUACCGUUUCAGCCAUAUAAGCUUAUAUAUGCUUACAUGCUUGCUGAAGUGGGAAAGGUUUCUGAAUCACUCAGGUACUGUCAAGCUUCUCUAAAGGUUCUGAGGAAUUCUGGUCGUGCUCCUGAAGUAGAAGCAUGGAAAUCAUUAUUUUCUUCACUUGAGGAGCGGUUGCGGACACAUCAGCAGGGUGGAUAUGGCACAAACCUAGCACCUGGAAAAUUUGUGGGUAAGCUGUUUACCUCCAUUGAUAGAUCUAUUCAUCGGAUGAUUGGUGCUCCACCAGCACCACUGCCUCCAACGCCUCAGAUGAGUUUGAAUGGCAAAGAACUCAAUGCUGUAGUCCCAAAAGUAGCAAGUAGUCAAUCUACCAUGGCUAUGUCCUCCCUAAUUCCAUCAGCAUCUGUUGAGACGAUGAGUGAAUGGGAGGGUGAUAGCAGUAGGAAGAUUAUGCAUAACAGGAGUAUCUCUGAACCAGAUUUUGGUAGAAGCCCAAAGCAGGGUUCAUCAGUAGAUUCAAUAUCACCAGAGGGACAACACAAAGUAUCAACAUCUCGUUUUGGCCGCAUUGGUUCACAGCUAAUUCAGAAGACAAUGGGAUGGGUGUCAAGAUCACGUUCAGAUCGCCAGGCCAAGCUGGGGCAAAGCAAUAAAUUUUACUAUGAUGAAAAACUCAAGAGAUGGGUAGAGGAAGGUACAGAACCCCCAGCUGCAGAAGUUGCACUCGCGCCUCCACCAAUGUUAGCGUCAUAUCAGAAUGGCAUUUCGGACCAUAAUGUAAACAGUUCCUUUCAGAGCCAAAGCCUGCCAGCAAAUGGGGGUUCUGAGAUUAGAUCACCCAGUGUCACAGAACCUAGUUCAGGGAUGCCUCCUGUUCCACCAACCACAAACCAGUUCUCAUCUCGUAGUAGAAUGGGGGUUAGGUCAAGGUACGUUGAUACUUUUAACAAAGGUGGUGGAGCUUCAACAAAUUCAUUUACAACACCAACAGUGCCAUCUGUUAAACCUCCUAUGGCAGGUAAAUUUUUCGUACCCACUGCACCUUCAGCUUCUGAUGGACAGCAAGCUGAUGCAGCAGAAAGCAUACCUGAAGCUGAUGCCAACAGUGAGCCUUCGACAUCUGGUAUGCAAGACAAGUCAUUUGCUUCACCACCACCUGCCAUGCAGCGCUUCCCAAGCAUGGACAACAUUGCUCACAAUGGGAAUUUGACGGGAUCAGCCCUGCAGGUUAGUGAUGGGCCUCCCAUUUCGCAUGCGCGUGCUGCAUCAUGGGGAGGUAGUUACAGUGAUGUAUUCAAACCAAAAAUGCCGGAGGAAAAGCUAAGCAGAGGACUGGGUAUGCAAACAUCUUUCAUGCCUGUUGAUCUGUCAGCAAAGCAGUUAAGUAGCUCAUAUCUGCAACCAAAUGGUGGUGGCAGCAGUGGAGUCUCUGGAGAUGACCUUCAUGAGGUUGAACUCUGAUGUUGGGGUUCUCACAUUGCUACUUUGAUAUACACAGCUACUAGUACUCAGGUCUUGAUCAAACAUUUGUGCUGCCAUGCCAGCCAGCCAGAAGUUCGGUUCAGGUAGCUGCUAUGGAUUUGAGAAAUUUUGCAAGAAGGCUGCAGUCUGAUGCGAUGCAACCUUAUGCCAACAAACCUGUGUCUUUGUAACCUUAUAUAGUUCACCCGUCUUUACACCUGGACUUUAUAUAGUUCGUGGCAUGUUCCUUUUACAUGAAAGCAUGUGGACGCCAUUGUACAGAUAAUUUGUUGAUUUAUUGGAAGAGAAGAAAGGAGAAUUCCAUAAUGUUGGUGAAA